AUGCCACCUCCCAAUUCACAACCAGGCGAGUUCGAUGAGAUCCCAAUCAUCGACCUCUCCACCUUAAGGAGCCCGUUGCUCAAGGAGCGCCAACAGCUGGCGAAAGACAUCUUCAAUGCCUGCACGCAGGUCGGGUUCUUCUACAUCAAGAAUCAUGGGAUCGCCGAAGACCUCAUCUCGUCUCUCCAUGCAAUGGCGCACCGGUUCUUCAGGCUCUCGGAGAAGCAAAAAUUGGAUUACUAUAUCGGAAAGUCGAAUAAAUAUCGCGGGUUCAUGCCCCUCUACUCCGAGCAACCCACAGGCACGGAUCUCGAUUCCACGCCCAAGCCAGACCCCACCUCACCCGGAGCCUUCUCCGAAUCUUUCGACAUCGGAUACGAGACAGCAGCAGAUCCCCUGAAAAGUCCCCAUGACGCCCUUCCUCCCGACACAUAUGCCCUAGAACUACCGGAGGACUUCUUUGACCCGAUGGUCAAAUACCCCGGGGCGACGUCGAGGAUGCUACACUACCCGCCUCAACCGGUUGCGAAUGAGGUAAGAAUUGGGCUAGGAGAGCAUACGGACUAUGAGUGCUUUACCAUCCUGUCGCAAGACCAAGUCCCAGCGUUACAGGUCCUCAACGCUCGACAAGAAUGGAUCCUGGCGCCGCCCAUUUCAGGGACCUUGGUCGUGAACAUUUCAGAUUGCUUGUCCAUUUGGACGAACAAGCGGUUCAAAUCGACAAUCCACCGGGUGACCAACCUUACCGGGCAGGAACGAUAUACCAUCCCGUUCUUCUUUGGCGUAAAUUAUGAGACUACGGUGUCGGUGCUGCCGAAUUGCAUCUCGGAGGACAGACCUGCGUGCAGGCAAUCAUUCAAAGCAGGCCAGUGGGUGCGUCACCAGUUGACUACGGCCUAUGUUGGGUAUGGGCCGGAGCCGCCUGUGGAGGAGAAUUGA